CCUGCCUGUGACCAACUGUGAUUGACAUUACUGCUGACAACAGGAGACACAGGAUUUGGGAUACAAUGGCCUCUGAUUUGUUGCUCAAGACUAACAAAAGUGAAGAGGAGUGCUCCACUUACAUCCCAAACGAGAUGUUGACCAUCGUGAAGGGAGAGGAAGAAGAGAAGACGGAAGCCGACUUACUCCAAGGUUUCCCUCCCUACCCCAAUGGUGUUGAAGCUGCCUGGAACAUCAACGCCGACCCCAGUGCACAGUGUCAGAGGUACGUGGCGCUGAAGGAGCUAAUGAAGGACCAGAAGCAGGAGACCUACUGGCAGGAGACGGGCCGAUGGGGGGGCUACGAGGAGAGCUUCGACCCUCAGACCGGGGUGUGGGCGUCCUCGCACAUCUCCUACCUCACCUUCAAGAGCCUCAUCCAGCUCCGACGCACCAUGAACACAGGUGUGAUGAUUUUCAACUGCGACGAGAGGACCCUGACCAGCAUCGCCGAGAAGAUGGUCAGCGAGAUGGUUAACAAGAAGGAAAUCAGGCCUGGAGACCAGGAAGGAGUGCUGAGAUCUCUGCUUCAGAAUCGCAGCCAAUCAGAUGAUCCAGAGAGACAAGCCUUGACUGAUGGGGUGGACCUGCAGACGUUUUCAGUCAAAGAAAGGAGAGAUGAAUCUUACCGCGUUGAGGCCUCCAUGGUGCUAGUAGGUGCCUUGGACUUCCUGGAAAGGCCCACAGUUGUGUUUGUGCGACUGAAGGAAGCAGUGGUGCUCGACUCUGCCUUGGAGGCCCCAGUGCCCGUACGCUUCGUCUUUGUUCUGGUUGGCCCCAGCAAGACUGACAUGGACUAUCACGAGACUGGCCGUGCCAUGGCAGCACUAAUGGCUGAUAAAGUGUUCAAUCAGGUGGCAUUUCAGGCAAAGAGCGUCAGAGAGCUGACAGACGCCGUGUCGGGCUUCAUGGACUGCAGCAUCGUCAUCCCACCCACCGAGAUCCAGAACGAAGCGAUGCUCAGCUCGAUUAUUAGCUUUCAGAGGAAACUGCUGAACGACAGGUCCCGGUCCUCUGAUCCCACUCUCCGCCGGGACUCCAAGGCUCGCAGGGUUUCCAUCUCUACCGGGCCUCCACCUGAAGACCCCCUGUCCCGUACUGGUCGACCAUUUGGUGGGAUGAUUCGAGACAUAAAGAGGCGCUACGAGUACUACAAGAGUGACAUCACAGAUGCUCUGAACCCUCAGGUCCUUGCUGCCAUCAUCUUCAUCUAUUUUGCCGCACUGUCUCCUGCCAUCACCUUUGGAGGACUGCUGGCUGAUAAGGUGGACAACAUGAUGGGCGUUUCAGAGCUCCUCAUUUCCACCAGCGUUCUGGGUAUCAUCUUCUGCUCUGUUGCUGCUCAGCCCGUCCUGGUCAUUGGUUUCUCUGGUCCUCUGUUAGUGUUUGAGGAGGCCUUCUUUGCUUUCUGCAAGUCCCAGGGCAUUGAGUAUAUUGUGGGGAGAGUGUGGGUUGGGGUGUGGCUGGUCAUCAUCGUGGUGAUCAUCGUGGCCUUUGAGGGCAGCUUCCUGGUGCGUUUCAUCUCCCGCUUCACCCAGGAAAUCUUCUCCAUCCUCAUCUCCCUCAUCUUCAUCUAUGAAACCUUUUCCAAGCUAGGGAGGAUCUUUAAGGAGCACCCGCUGAUUCUGAAUUACGAUCAUCUGAACGCAACACUGGAAAAUCCCUGGCAUCCAAAGGUGGAAGAGAUGGUCAUCUAUGACAAUGCUACCGGCAACACGACUGUUACUGUCAACACCAUUAAGCCACCUUACCCCAACACAGCCCUUCUUUCCAUGUGCCUCAUGUUUGGCUGCUUCUUUAUCGCUUUCUUCCUGCGCCAGUUCAAGAAUGGCACUUUUCUUCCUGGAAAAGUCAGACGGUUGCUUGGUGACUUUGGCGUGCCUAUUUCCAUUUUCCUUAUGGUUGUUGUGGACUACAACAUCGACGAUACCUACACUCAGAAACUAGUGGUUCCCGAAGGUCUGACGGUGUCCAACCCAGAGAAAAGAGGCUGGAUUAUCAACCCUUUCGGAGAGCACCAGUCUUUCCCUGUAUGGAUGAUGUUUGCAUGCUGUGUCCCGGGCUUGCUCGUCUUCAUUCUGAUCUUUCUGGAGUCUCAGAUCACAACUCUGAUCGUGAGUAAACCUGAGAGGAAGAUGGUCAAAGGCUCCGGGUUCCACUUUGACUUGCUGGUUUUAGUCGGCAUGGGAGGGCUCGCCGCAUUAUUUGGUGUGCCAUGGCUCAGUGCCGCCACGGUGCGAUCUGUCACCCACGCCAACGCCCUCACCGUAAUGAGCAAAGGACCAAAACCGGUGAUUGAGAAGGUGAUAGAGCAGAGGGUCAGUGGCAUUGUGGUGGCAUUGCUGGUUGGUCUGUCAAUUUUAAUGGAGCCGAUCCUAAAGAUGAUUCCCAUGUCGGCCUUGUUCGGGAUCUUUCUGUACAUGGGAAUUACAUCGCUCAGUGGCAUCCAGCUGUGGGAUCGCAUUCUGCUUCUGCUCAUUCCUAAGAAAUACCACCCUAAUGAACCCUACGCCACCAGAGUGAGCACAGGACGAAUGCACUUGUUCACGGCCAUCCAGAUAGUGUGCCUUGCCGUUUUGUGGAUUGUUAAGUCCAGUCCAGUAUCCCUUGCACUUCCCUUCAUACUCAUCCUCACUAUCCCGCUACGCAUGUUAAUGGGCAGGCAUCUCUUCACCGAAGUGGAAAUGAAAUGUCUGGAUGCCGAUGAUGCCAAAGUCACAUUCGAGGAGGAGCCGGGGCAGGAUGUAUACUGUGAAUCUCAGAUGCCAUUGUAGAUGUCUUCCAUGAAAGCUGCUAGCAACCUUUUAUUUUAAGAAAAAGAUACAUAUUUUACUUGUAUAUGGCUCACAUGAAUGCUUAUUCUACAUAUGAGCACAAACAUGUUUUGAGUGUUUUUUUAAUGAAAAAUGCAGAUACAGUGUCUAUCUUUAUAGUAAAAACUGUCUUGGUCAAACAUUUCUGAAGAGUUUUCAACAGUCACUCAGGUAAACAAUUUGCAUUAUGUUGGUUUGUUUUAACAGCUUGUGCCAUACACACUACUGAAUCUGGAAAUAUUCAUAUAAUAUGAAAUGUUUUUACAAAGAAAGACAUAAAAAAUGCAAAUGAUUUUAAAGGCAUUUAGAAGAGGCACUCAAACAUGAAAUGAAAAAAUAUCCAAUCAUGCCAUCACACACAGCAAAAUACUGUGCCAAAAGCCAAAAUUGUUUUUUUCCCCAAGCAAUCACACAUUGAAUGUAACUUAUUAUUGUACUCACUUACUUGAUGUGGGUAAAAUCCAAACUCUGAAUUAAGUAGUACAUUAUUUAUAAGACGGGUGAUGCAAGCAAAGUAUAGAUUUGUUUUGCAAGAAUGAUCAAACCGGUAACACUGGAGUGCAAAAGGACAACACCACUGGAGAGAGAAAAUGUAACAUUUUUGUGUGUGUUGUUAAAAUAUGUUGUGUUGUUAU